AGGCUGAAAGUAGGGUAGGUACAGCCUGUAAAGGUUUAUCUUUUUCCCUCUCCCCAUUUCAUUUAAAUGUUUCAGCAGGCAUUUAUUAGGCCCUAUACCAGAUACCUUGGGAGGCAGAGAGGAGCAAAGCCGUUGCUGCCCUCCUGGGGCUGCCCCUCUAGUCUGGGAGCCAGGUCUGUACCUCAGUGCCUUGGCUCUGACUGGGAGGAGACAGACGGCUGCUGUGGGCUUUAACUGGCAGGGAUUGGGAUAGGGGAAAAGAGGUAAUGUGGACAAGAGCCUUUUAGACCCAGACAGACCUCAGCCUGGUCCAGCUGGUGAAUUCUUUGUAUGGUAAUGGGGACUAAGCCUGAAGUAUGGAAAUUUGCCUAAACUAACUCCUAGUCAGAUCACUGGGGGCCCCGGGUGUGCUGGGAGCGAGCUGUUCAUUCAGUUUUGUCUUUCCACUGUGGUUUCUAGUUGGUCCAAAGCUUCAUGGUAUUUUUUUCAUUCCCUCGGCAAACAUUUUUUUGGGAGGCCCUGCCUUGUGGCCAGUGCUGGGGACAGAGUUGACCACAGUGGCUGCUCUCCAGGGGCUGAGAUUCCAAAGUCUCCUGGGCCAAGUGUGGUCUGGGAGCAGCUGUGUCAGAAUCACUUUCUGUGCUUGUUAAAAUGGCAGAUUCUUUUGCCUCACCUCAUGCUACUAAAUCUGCAUUUUUAUUAAUAACAAGCCACCCAGACGGCCCCUCUCCAUUUAUAGCUUAAGCAAAAGGUAGAGAAGCUUUGCUCUGGUAAAGGUGACAGAAGGGGCUGGCUCAGAGAUUCUUCAGGAAGCAGGGCCAGCAGAGUGUUUUGAGUGAUUGGAGGUAUCAGGAGCACCCCCAAGGUUAUUGGCCUGGGUACUUCAGUGGCCAGCAUCAGUGAUGGGCAGGGAGGGUGUGCAUGUUGAUUUUGAGGUCUUUCUCUGCAUGAUAUCCCUCUGGAACUUAUUUUAUAUUUUCAUCCACAAACAGGAUUUAUGGGUCUGAAGAGGAGGGCUGGGAUAGUGUGUGUCUCCUGGGAACUGUGGGGGUAGUUUGUGGGUCCAGCACAGAUCUAUGGCUGGGCACAGAAAGUUCUGUCUACUUGGGGUUGCUUACUUUUAUUCUCCUUGGCCUAAGCUUCUAAUACCUUGUCCUUGCUAUAGUCCCUAUUCUGAGGUGUCCUCCACUUGCUGAGUGACUUGGAGUGAGCCCCCCAAGUGGGACUUGAAGGUGGCAGGAAGAGUAAGGCAACGGGAGGAGGGGGCGAGGGGGUAUGGAGUUGGGGUGAGAGCUGGGCAGGAUUUAGCCAUGUUUACCCUUGCUGGGCCGGGAGGUGGAUGAGACCAGCCUGGCACUCCCACCCCUCCCCUUCCGCAGCAGCAUCCCUUCCAGAUCGCGACCCUCCUUUGCCCUCCAGACGAUGCCCUUGGGAUCUGAGUCCCUGGUGACCCUGCCAUGUCUCUCUGGGGCAGUUGGCAGUUUCUGCUCCCUGGCCAUGCCAUGCAGACAACAAAUAUGUAAAUUGGAUCUCAGCUUUGGGGGCCUCUUCCUUGGGAAGCCUCGACUCCCUAUUUGUUUCAUCUUGGCUGUUGCCCUCCAAACUCUGUGGUAAUUACCCCGCUUCUUACCUGAAAACUGUGAGGCUUGUUCCUAGGGCUAGGCAGUGUCAGAUACGUGGAAGUCAUCAAUACUUCUUUGUAGAGGGACUUAUGUGAGGUAUAUGACACAUAUCUUCCUCACUCUUCUUGGAAGGUAGGAUCUUCAGGGUCUGUAAGUGGGAGAAGACAUCAAGACCCUCAGCCUUCUGUUCUUGAACAUUCAUCAUUGUGCCACCACCCCCCCUCCGCAAUUCUGCUGGUCUUGGGUUUCACAGUCCCAAGAAAGGAGAUUGAUUUAUUUAUUGGAAGACAAAUAAGGUUUAAUAGUUCAUAAAUGUCACCUUUCCCAGGUAGGUUUGCAUUUCUUACAGGGAAUUUGAGAAAUUAGGUGGAAGAGUAAUGGGAAGAGGGAUGGAGUCGUGUUUUGCCAUGGUGGCCUUAACACCGGUGACAGCUGACCUGCAACUUGAGUCCAGUUAAUGCACACAGUAAAGGUUUCCAACUAGAAGCUUAUUUUGUUUGUUUGUCUUUGUGGAUGCACAGACAUUUCCUUCUUUACUUGGUUCCUGUGGUUUGCGUUUAGUGUAGACGUAAUGUUUGUCCCUCUAGAAUUUAUUUUAAGAAUAACAGUAGGAGCAGGAUUGUAAACUUGGUUCAAGGAAGAAAGCACGUGAAGCCACGUGCCUUGAUCGCCCGGCCUAUUAAAGCCAAUUUCACUCCUUGCCCGGUGUGUCUGGAGUGGGUUGAUUAAGUUUUGCUUUCCAUAUUCUCAGGUGAAUCUCUUUAGAUUGUUUCCCACAACUGAAUGUGGGAAAUGCUUUUGAGAAGAGGAAAAGCUCUUUUUGUGAGAGUUACCUGUGCUUAUUUCUCUGAAGAGAUGGCAUGUGAAACCUGGCAGGUACCUCUGGGAAAAGUAUACUGAUGCAUGUGCCAGGUGUCAUACGUCGUGUGUUAAAGUGUGAAUUCUGAGAGUGCUACUGUAGUUUCCAGCAGGUAAUGUUAUAAUGUGUGGUUAUUAAUAAUAUGAAUUUAGUAUGCAUUAAUUCUUGAUCCUGACUGAUCUUCAAGAAUCACCUGGGACGGCUUUGAAUAUCCAGAUUUCAGAAUCUCACCCAGACUCACUGACUCAGAGCUUCUGGAGUGGGACCUGGGGCCCUAUUGAAAGCUUCUCCGGGGGAGACAGAUAUCAUCAGCCUGACUUCCGUCUGGAGACCGGCCCUGGAGCAGCAUGCCAAUUUUGACAGGAAGGAGGAGGAGAAGAUGCCUGGUAGCAAACUGAGGAGAGGCCUGUGUGGUUGGAUGGUUCUGCCUGGGAUAUCUGAGUUUGCUGUUCUGGGAAGCCAGGAGGAUGAACUGAUUCAUCGGUGCUGGGCUACCUGACUGCUAGCAGGGACUGAGGGAGGGCAGUUCUUGAAGAGUUACCCAGAUCCAGCUGCUUAUCUGCCCCUGGCCAUGGUUUAUGUUGUUGACUGAUUGCACCAGCUGCUGAGAGGUGGUUUUAUGUAGUGUGAGUAAUUGAAACUUGGUUCUAAGUUUCCCUCUUGUCCCUUCCUGUUUAAUGAACAGUCAGCUGUCCUCGAAUUUAUUUUUUGGUGGUACUUGGAAUCAGCCCCCCGUGUGAGAAUUCAACAAAAACGCAACUGAUGCAAAGCAUCUGCACUGAGUGCUGCAGGAGGCUUCUCACAUGCUUUGGGAUAUCUUCAGGGAAAUCCGCUCUUAAUAGAAACUGAGAAUUUAAGACAUUCUAAGUGAGACUGUCCACAUCAUCUAGGAAAAUGGUGGCCCUGUCCUUAAAGAUUUGUGUGCGCCACUGCAACGUGGUGAAGACCAUGCAGUUUGAACCAUCUACAGCUGUGUACGAUGCGUGUCGAGUCAUUCGGGAACGGGUGCCUGAGGCACAAACUGGGCAAGCUUCUGACUAUGGACUGUUUCUUUCGGAUGAAGACCCAAGGAAAGGGAUUUGGCUGGAAGCGGGCAGAACGCUGGAUUACUACAUGUUGCGGAAUGGGGAUAUUUUGGAAUAUAAAAAGAAACAGAGACCCCAGAAGAUCCGGAUGCUGGAUGGAUCUGUGAAGACAGUGAUGGUGGAUGAUUCCAAGACUGUGGGGGAGCUCCUGGUCACUAUAUGUAGCAGAAUAGGAAUAACAAAUUAUGAAGAAUACUCCUUAAUCCAAGAAACUAUUGAAGAAAAGAAAGAGGAAGGAACGGGCACACUCAAAAAAGACAGGACACUGUUACGAGAUGAGAGGAAAAUGGAGAAGUUGAAGGCCAAGCUGCACACAGAUGAUGACCUAAAUUGGCUGGAUCACAGCCGAACAUUCAGAGAACAAGGAGUAGAUGAAAACGAAACGUUGCUGCUUAGACGGAAGUUCUUUUACUCUGAUCAGAAUGUAGAUUCGAGAGACCCCGUGCAGCUGAACUUGCUUUAUGUUCAGGCGCGGGAUGACAUCCUGAAUGGCUCUCACCCUGUCUCCUUCGAGAAAGCUUGUGAGUUUGGUGGAUUUCAAGCCCAGAUACAAUUUGGACCUCAUGUGGAACAUAAACACAAACCUGGAUUUUUAGAUCUGAAGGAAUUCCUGCCCAAAGAAUAUAUCAAGCAGAGAGGAGCUGAAAAGAGGAUCUUUCAGGAGCAUAAGAACUGCGGAGAGAUGAGUGAGAUAGAAGCCAAGGUCAAGUACGUCAAACUCGCACGGUCCCUCCGCACAUAUGGCGUGUCCUUCUUCCUGGUGAAGGAAAAGAUGAAAGGCAAGAACAAGCUGGUGCCUCGCCUGCUGGGAAUCACCAAAGACUCGGUGAUGCGCGUGGAUGAGAAGACCAAGGAAGUGCUGCAGGAGUGGCCCCUCACCACCGUCAAGCGCUGGGCAGCCUCACCCAAGAGCUUCACACUGGAUUUUGGGGAGUAUCAGGAAAGCUACUAUUCAGUACAAACCACCGAGGGAGAGCAGAUAUCCCAGCUGAUUGCAGGCUACAUUGACAUCAUCCUGAAAAAGAAACAAAGUAAAGAUCGAUUUGGACUAGAAGGUGAUGAGGAGUCAACCAUGUUAGAAGAGUCCGUUUCCCCAAAAAAGUCCACCAUCUUGCAGCAGCAGUUCAACCGGACCGGGAAGGCAGAGCACGGCUCAGUGGCACUGCCGGCCGUCAUGCGUUCGGGCUCCAGCGGGCCUGAGACCUUCAACGUUGGCAGCAUGCCCUCGCCACAGCAGCAGGUCAUGGUUGGGCAGAUGCACCGAGGCCACAUGCCGCCACUGACCUCAGCCCAGCAGGCCCUGAUGGGGACCAUCAACACAAGCAUGCACGCCGUCCAGCAGGCCCAGGAUGAUCUCAGUGAGCUCGACUCGCUGCCACCUCUCGGCCAGGAUAUGGCAUCUAGGGUAUGGGUUCAGAACAAAGUCGACGAAUCCAAACACGAAAUCCAUUCUCAAGUUGAUGCUAUCACGGCCGGAACGGCUUCAGUUGUUAACCUCACAGCUGGUGAUCCUGCAGACACUGACUACACAGCUGUGGGAUGUGCGAUCACCACUAUUUCUUCCAACCUGACGGAGAUGUCCAAGGGUGUGAAGCUAUUGGCCGCCCUCAUGGAUGAUGAGGUGGGCAGCGGGGAGGACUUGCUCAGAGCUGCCAGGACCCUCGCUGGGGCAGUGUCAGACUUGCUGAAAGCUGUGCAGCCUACUUCUGGAGAGCCUCGACAGACAGUUUUGACUGCUGCUGGCAGCAUCGGACAAGCCAGUGGGGAUCUUCUGAGACAGAUUGGAGAGAAUGAGACUGAUGAGCGAUUCCAGGAUGUUUUAAUGAGUUUGGCCAAAGCUGUUGCCAAUGCAGCUGCCAUGUUGGUACUAAAGGCAAAGAAUGUUGCCCAAGUGGCCGAAGACACUGUCCUACAGAACAGGGUAAUUGCUGCUGCCACCCAGUGUGCCCUCUCCACCUCCCAGCUUGUGGCAUGUGCCAAGGUUGUGAGCCCCACUAUUAGCUCCCCUGUGUGCCAGGAGCAGCUGAUUGAAGCAGGGAAGCUGGUGGACCGCUCGGUGGAGAACUGUGUCCGUGCCUGCCAGGCGGCCACUACCGAUAGUGAGCUCCUGAAGCAGGUCAGCGCAGCAGCCAGCGUGGUCAGCCAGGCCCUCCAUGAUCUCCUGCAGCAUGUGCGGCAGUUUGCCAGCCGAGGCGAGCCCAUCGGCCGCUACGACCAGGCUACUGACACCAUCAUGUGUGUCACCGAGAGCAUCUUCAGCUCCAUGGGUGACGCUGGUGAAAUGGUGCGCCAGGCGCGGGUUCUGGCCCAAGCCACAUCAGACCUCGUCAAUGCCAUGAGGUCAGAUGCAGAAGCCGAAAUCGACAUGGAGAAUUCGAAGAAGCUCCUGGCAGCAGCAAAACUCUUAGCUGACUCCACUGCUCGCAUGGUGGAAGCUGCAAAGGGGGCUGCAGCCAACCCAGAGAAUGAGGACCAGCAGCAAAGGCUGAGAGAAGCUGCAGAAGGCCUCCGGGUAGCAACCAACGCAGCUGCCCAGAAUGCUAUUAAGAAAAAAAUUGUCAACCGACUGGAGGUUGCAGCCAAGCAGGCCGCAGCGGCAGCCACACAGACCAUCGCCGCCUCCCAGAAUGCAGCUGUUUCCAACAAGAACCCUGCGGCCCAGCAGCAGCUGGUCCAGAGUUGCAAGGCAGUGGCUGAUCACAUCCCUCAGCUGGUCCAGGGAGUGAGGGGGAGCCAAGCUCAAGCUGAAGACCUGAGUGCCCAGCUGGCUCUCAUCAUCUCCAGCCAGAACUUCCUCCAGCCUGGAAGCAAGAUGGUGUCCUCUGCCAAAGCCGCAGUGCCCACCGUGAGUGACCAGGCUGCAGCCAUGCAGCUGAGCCAGUGUGCCAAGAACCUGGCCACCAGCUUGGCGGAGCUGCGUACCGCCUCGCAGAAGGCCCAUGAAGCUUGUGGUCCGAUGGAAAUCGAUUCAGCUCUGAAUACAGUGCAGACGCUUAAGAAUGAACUGCAGGAUGCCAAGAUGGCAGCCGUGGAGAGCCAACUGAAGCCACUUCCAGGGGAAACGCUGGAAAAAUGUGCUCAGGACCUGGGAAGCACAUCCAAGGCUGUGGGCUCCUCCAUGGCACAGCUGCUGACCUGUGCUGCUCAAGGCAACGAACACUACACAGGGGUGGCUGCUAGAGAGACGGCCCAAGCUCUGAAAACACUGGCCCAGGCCGCCCGUGGAGUGGCUGCAUCGACAACCGACCCCGCGGCCGCCCAUGCCAUGUUAGAUUCUGCUCGAGACGUGAUGGAGGGCUCCGCCAUGCUCAUUCAAGAGGCCAAGCAGGCCCUGAUUGCACCUGGAGAUGCAGAGCGUCAACAAAGACUGGCUCAGGUGGCUAAAGCCGUCUCACACUCCUUGAAUAACUGCGUAAAUUGCCUCCCUGGGCAGAAGGAUGUGGACGUGGCCUUGAAGAGCAUCGGGGAGUCCAGCAAGAAGCUGCUUGUGGAUUCGCUACCUCCAAGCACGAAGCCUUUCCAGGAAGCCCAGAGUGAACUGAACCAGGCAGCAGCUGAUCUGAACCAGUCUGCUGGGGAAGUGGUCCAUGCCACCCGGGGCCAGAGUGGAGAGUUGGCUGCAGCCUCUGGAAAGUUCAGUGAUGAUUUUGAUGAAUUCCUCGAUGCUGGCAUUGAGAUGGCUGGCCAAGCUCAGACAAAAGAAGACCAGAUCCAAGUGAUAGGGAACCUCAAGAAUAUCUCGAUGGCAUCCAGCAAGCUGCUGUUAGCUGCCAAGUCUCUCUCUGUAGAUCCAGGAGCUCCCAAUGCGAAAAAUCUCCUGGCUGCAGCUGCAAGAGCUGUGACAGAGAGCAUCAAUCAACUCAUCACUCUGUGUACCCAACAAGCUCCGGGACAGAAAGAGUGCGAUAAUGCCCUGCGGGAGCUCGAGACUGUGAAGGGGAUGUUGGACAAUCCUAAUGAACCUGUUAGUGACCUCUCUUACUUUGACUGCAUUGAGAGUGUGAUGGAAAACUCCAAGGUUCUGGGUGAAUCGAUGGCAGGGAUUUCACAGAAUGCCAAGACCGGAGACCUCCCUGCCUUUGGGGAAUGUGUGGGGAUUGCAUCCAAGGCUCUCUGUGGGCUGACAGAGGCCGCAGCCCAGGCUGCAUACUUGGUUGGCAUCUCUGAUCCAAACAGCCAGGCAGGCCACCAGGGCCUAGUGGACCCCAUCCAGUUUGCCAGGGCUAACCAGGCCAUCCAGAUGGCAUGCCAGAACUUGGUGGACCCUGGCAGCAGCCCAUCACAGGUCCUGUCAGCCGCCACAAUUGUUGCCAAGCACACGUCAGCCUUGUGCAAUGCCUGCCGCAUCGCCUCAUCCAAGACGGCCAACCCAGUAGCCAAGAGGCACUUUGUCCAGUCAGCCAAGGAAGUCGCCAACAGCACUGCCAACCUGGUGAAGACCAUCAAGGCCCUGGAUGGGGAUUUCUCUGAAGACAACCGCAAUAAGUGUCGCAUCGCCACCGCACCCUUGAUUGAAGCUGUGGAGAACCUGACAGCGUUCGCCUCGAACCCUGAGUUUGUCAGCAUUCCUGCCCAGAUCAGCUCCGAGGGUUCCCAGGCACAGGAACCAAUCCUGGUCUCAGCCAAGACCAUGCUGGAGAGCUCAUCGUACCUCAUUCGCACUGCACGCUCUCUGGCCAUCAACCCCAAAGACCCGCCCACCUGGUCUGUACUGGCUGGCCAUUCCCAUACAGUGUCCGACUCCAUCAAGAGUCUCAUCACUUCUAUCAGGGACAAGGCCCCUGGACAGAGGGAGUGUGAUUACUCCAUCGAUGGCAUCAACCGGUGCAUCCGGGACAUCGAGCAGGCCUCGCUGGCUGCUGUCAGCCAGAGCCUGGCCACAAGAGACGACAUCUCUGUGGAGGCCCUGCAGGAGCAGCUGACUUCGGUGGUCCAGGAAAUCGGACACCUUAUCGAUCCCAUCGCCACAGCGGCUCGGGGAGAAGCAGCUCAGCUGGGACAUAAGGUGACACAACUGGCAAGCUAUUUUGAGCCCUUGAUCUUAGCCGCAGUUGGUGUGGCCUCCAAGAUUCUUGAUCAUCAGCAGCAGAUGACGGUGCUGGACCAGACCAAGACUCUCGCAGAGUCUGCCUUGCAGAUGUUGUAUGCAGCCAAAGAAGGUGGUGGAAACCCCAAGGCACAACACACCCAUGAUGCCAUCACAGAGGCCGCCCAGUUGAUGAAGGAAGCCGUGGACGACAUCAUGGUGACGCUGAACGAAGCUGCCAGUGAAGUGGGUCUGGUUGGGGGCAUGGUGGACGCCAUUGCAGAAGCCAUGAGCAAGCUGGAUGAAGGCACUCCUCCAGAACCAAAGGGAACAUUUGUCGACUAUCAGACGACUGUGGUUAAAUACUCCAAAGCCAUUGCGGUGACAGCUCAGGAAAUGAUGACUAAGUCGGUUACUAACCCGGAGGAGUUGGGAGGACUGGCUUCACAAAUGACCAGUGACUAUGGGCACCUGGCUUUCCAGGGCCAGAUGGCAGCAGCCACGGCGGAACCAGAGGAGAUCGGAUUCCAGAUUCGCACUCGUGUGCAGGACCUGGGCCACGGCUGUAUCUUCCUGGUGCAGAAGGCAGGGGCCCUCCAGAUCUGCCCCACAGACAGCUACACCAAGAGGGAGCUUAUCGAAUGCGCCCGUGCCGUCACGGAAAAGGUCUCCUUGGUGCUCUCGGCUCUCCAGGCCGGGAACAAAGGAACCCAGGCAUGCAUUACAGCCGCCACCGCUGUGUCUGGGAUCAUUGCCGACCUGGACACCACCAUUAUGUUUGCAACAGCGGGGACGCUGAAUGCAGAGAACAGUGAGACCUUCGCAGACCACAGGGAGAACAUUCUCAAGACAGCCAAGGCCUUGGUAGAAGACACAAAACUACUUGUGUCAGGAGCUGCGUCCACUCCUGACAAGCUGGCCCAGGCGGCCCAGUCCUCAGCAGCCACCAUCACCCAGCUCGCAGAAGUGGUCAAGCUGGGGGCAGCCAGCCUGGGCUCCGACGACCCCGAGACCCAGGUGGUUUUGAUCAAUGCCAUCAAAGAUGUGGCCAAGGCCCUUUCCGAUCUCAUCAGUGCUACCAAGGGAGCUGCCAGCAAGCCAGCGGACGACCCUUCCAUGUACCAGCUCAAGGGGGCCGCCAAGGUGAUGGUGACCAAUGUCACCUCGCUCCUCAAGACUGUAAAGGCAGUGGAGGAUGAGGCCACCCGGGGCACCAGGGCACUUGAGGCCACAAUUGAAUGCAUAAAGCAGGAGCUUACGGUGUUCCAGUCAAAAGACGUACCUGAAAAGACAUCAUCACCUGAAGAAUCCAUAAGGAUGACGAAAGGCAUCACCAUGGCAACAGCCAAAGCCGUGGCAGCUGGGAACUCAUGUAGACAGGAGGACGUGAUUGCUACUGCCAACCUGAGCCGGAAAGCCGUGUCAGAUAUGUUGACGGCUUGCAAGCAAGCAUCCUUCCACCCCGAUGUCAGUGACGAGAUGAGAACCAGAGCCUUGCGUUUCGGGACGGAGUGCACCCUCGGCUACUUGGACCUCCUGGAGCACGUCUUGGUGAUUCUUCAGAAACCAACCCCAGAACUCAAGCAGCAGCUGGCCGCUUUCUCCAAGCGAGUCGCCGGCGCUGUGACAGAGCUCAUCCAGGCGGCGGAAGCCAUGAAAGGAACAGAGUGGGUGGAUCCAGAAGACCCAACUGUCAUUGCAGAAACAGAGUUACUGGGGGCUGCAGCAUCCAUCGAAGCUGCUGCUAAGAAGUUAGAGCAACUGAAGCCAAGAGCAAAACCAAAACAAGCGGAUGAGACCCUGGACUUUGAGGAACAGAUCUUGGAAGCUGCUAAAUCCAUUGCUGCUGCCACAAGCGCCCUGGUCAAAUCGGCCUCGGCAGCCCAGAGGGAGCUGGUGGCCCAAGGAAAGGUGGGCUCCAUCCCUGCCAAUGCUGCAGACGACGGACAGUGGUCACAGGGGCUGAUUUCUGCUGCCCGGAUGGUGGCGGCUGCGACCAGCAGUCUCUGUGAGGCGGCCAAUGCCUCUGUUCAGGGACACGCCAGCGAGGAGAAGCUCAUCUCAUCUGCCAAGCAGGUCGCGGCUUCCACGGCUCAGCUGCUGGUGGCCUGCAAGGUGAAGGCCGACCAGGAUUCAGAGGCCAUGAGGCGGCUACAGGUAAUGGUCACUGAUGCUGGUGGGAAAAUACUCCUGUUGGAGCGGGCGGCAGGAAAUGCUGUGAAAAGAGCCUCAGACAAUCUUGUCCGUGCAGCCCAGAAGGCAGCAUUUGGCAAAGCUGAUGAUGACGAUGUUGUAGUGAAAACCAAGUUUGUGGGGGGCAUUGCGCAGAUCAUCGCCGCCCAGGAAGAAAUGCUAAAGAAAGAGCGAGAACUGGAAGAAGCAAGGAAAAAACUGGCCCAAAUCCGCCAGCAGCAGUAUAAGUUUUUACCCACCGAGCUGAGGGAAGAUGAGGGCUAAAGGUGCGAGCCCAGAUGGCGAGCCCCAGGGGAUGGCCCUGGCUGAACUGGACAGACAGUGUUCCUGAGAGGCUGGGCACUUAGCUGGAAACCUCCCACCUCCGCCCGGGUGAGCCUGGAGCCCUGCGUGCUUGUUCUCACAUCUCUGUCCCAUCGGCACUGGCUGCAUGAUCGUGAUGUCACACGGUACAAUGUCCUACCCACAACUCCUCUGCCGCCUCCCCUCAUGCCUCACCGUGUCUCAGGAGAGAGGGGUGCACGUUUCAUGGACUGUUACCAACAAAGAAAAGUCAGUAUUAUGUUGUUCUCAGACACUUUGGCUUUUGUUGGUCCUUCUCUUAGGCCUGCUCCUGACCUCUUUAUGAUAUUGUAAUAGGGAAAAAAAUCAUUGACGUCAUAGAAUAUUCUUCUUCCUCUCAGGAGAAGACGGAAGCUGGAGUUGGACAUGGUUCAUAAAAGCCAGAAACACAAACCCGUGUGGACUCCGGGAGGGUGACUCAGGUCCUCCUUCCAUAUCUUGAGCACUGGCUCACCCAGGGGGUGAAAAAUUCCCGCCCCUGUUUGCACGCUUUCUUGCCUCCGUGUGUAAGCUCCUUGUACAACCCAGACCCAUCUUGUAUUUUGUGGCCCAGAAAACUGAACGAUUAUUUUUUUCCUCCAUAGUCCAAAGGGCAGAGUUACGGAAGGCCGUCAGGGCUUGGUGAGCAGGGGCUGUAAUAAAAUCUGUGGGCUCCUUACUCUGCAGAGGCUCUUUCAGUUCACACAGAGUCAUCCACACAAACCCACGGCUCCCAGUUGACAGUCAGUGGAAUGCUCGUCUCCUUAGUGUCCAGGGUGGGGAUUCUGCUGGAAUAAAGAGCUUCCUCAGUGACUCAUCUUUAGGUCCCACGCUGGUUUCUAUGCCUUCAAAAUGGUCACAAGCCCGGAUUGGAAAGGAUCUGCUUACAAACCUGUCACCUGUCCUCCAACCCAAAACGCCUUUUUUUUCUGUCUUAAUAUCUAGAAAAUCUAAAUGCAUCCUAAAAUCAAUGUGAACCUUUAACAAGAUAGUUUUACUUAUUAUCACAUAAGACAUAAGAUUUUUUCAUUUUCUGGAUGUCACACUUCCAGAAUUUCAUAUUUUUCCCCUCUUUUCUUUCCCCUUUUCUUUUCAGAGCCCUCCCAUAGGAAGGGAAGGGCUUGAAUUUACCCUUAAUCUGCACCUUUAGCCAAGGCAGUGCAUGGAAGAUGAAUGGCUCGUGGGACAGAGUCUAAUGCCAGGGAGCAGGAGUGUUUGAAAGAAUUCAUAGUAGGGGGGGGAGGUAAAAGUUAAUGGAAGUACAUGAUUUUCAAAACUGGUAACAGUUAAAGGCACUCACCCUCCGCCUCUCUCUCUGGUGUGCUAUCAUGUCUUGGACUCCAUCCACACUAUAGUUUCAAAGUUCCACUGACGGGGGAAAGUUGGUGCUUUGGUCCUCCGAAGAUGUCACCUUUCGACCUUGCCCGAUGUUGUUUCACCAGACUGUAGCCCAUGUCAUGGUUUUAAAAUAUAUAAACUUCUGACAGCUUCCCAUA